UCCAUUUCUUUUAUACUUUGAGCCAACCUCCCACAAACACAAACACAAACACACGAAGACAACUUCCUCUAAUCUCCUCUCCCUCCUCCUCUUCGCGGCGUAAGCAAAGCAGAGUGCUUUCCAAGUGUUUCUCCAUCCAAAAAACGUUCAAAUUAUGAUUACACCAAACUAGAUUUUCAUAGGCUGUAUUUAUUUUUUUCUCUCAAGAAAUUCAAAGCUCUUGGCCUUGUCGCUCGUCGUAUUUUCUUGCUCUUAUUACUUCGCUGCCUGCGUCACAGCGCUUGGGCCGCUUGGCAUUGAGAUUCACAGGUGCGCUCGAUAGCCCCACGACUGGGGUCUCCGUUUCCGCCACUGUGAUUGAUCUUUUCGGUUCAUGUAAUGGGAUGCUUCUUUCCUUUCUAGGCCUUGCAGUUUUUAGGGUUUGGUUUUCGUAUUACUUAGCAUAAUGCGUCUGGGUUCUUGCCCGGGAAUAGCUUGGUUUUGCUCAUGCUUUUUGAGAGGAUAGUCUUGUCAUUUUUGGAGACAGUAUUAACUGAGAUGAGGGUCUUCUUGGUUUCUUCUUCUUGAAUUGUAAAAGCCCUUCUAGACAAAAAUUGCUUCUUUUAGUAACAUUUCCUUUAGAUUAUACAAAAGUUUCUUAUGCAUUUGAUUGAUUGGGGGGGGUUCUUAUUGAAUUAUUCUUGACCAAGUUCUUUGUUAUUAUCUCAUGGUAUAUAGUGUGAAGUGAGGCAAAGAUAAGAAAGUGAAAAGAAAUAAAGAAAGCCUAAUUUCAGUGUACAGGCAGUUUUGAGAAUUAGGGUUUGGGAAUUUGGAUUGAGAUUAGCACCAACUCGUUUCUUUGGGGGUUUUGAACUUUGGUAUUGACUAAUGUGAAUUUAAAUUUAAAGUGACAUAUUAUUAUUUUUCUUCUGGUAAAGUAGUUAAGAAUAUUGUGGGGGAAUUGAGAAGUUUUAGACGAAAGACGAAUUGGGGAUUCGUUUAAUAUCGAUUGAUCAUGAUUGAGACAAGUUAUGGAUAGAAGUGAGCCCGCUUUAGUGCCAGAAUGGUUGAAAAGCAGUUUAAGUGUCACUGGUGGAGGCAGUACAAACCAUCAAUUUUCAUCAUCUUCUUUGCACUCAGACGAUCAUCCCAUAUCAAAGCAUGCGAAACAUAGGUCAUCCACGAGCAGUAAUGAUCAUGAUAUAGGUCGUCUAUUUGCUUCAGAUCAAGCCACUUCCUCCUAUUUUCGCCAGAGUUCUAGUAGUAAUGGUUCUGCCCUCUCACGGCCUUAUAGUACUUUUGGCAAAAGCCACCGUGAUAGGGAUUGGGAGGACAUCAAUGCCUACUGUGAUAAGGACAAGUUUAUUUUGGGUGACCACAGGCGGCCUGAAUAUGCUGAUUCUCUUGGUAGCAUCUUGCCUAAUAGGUUUGAGAAGGAUAUGUUGCAGCGUCCACAGUCUAUGAUUACAGGAAAAAGUGGUGACACAUGGCCCAGGAGAGUAGCUGUUGACUCAAAUAGUACUAAAAAUAAACACAGCAAUGAUAAUGGUCUACUUGGUAGGGGUAGUGUUGUUAGCAGUACUACUAAAACUGCAUUUGACCAGCACUUUCCCUCACUCAUCGCUGAAGAGCGAGAAGAUGGUUCUGAAAUUGGAAGAAUCCCAACUUCUGGCAUGAACCCUGCCAUUCAGAGCUUGCGAAUUGGCACUUCAUCUGCGAUUGGUGGUGAUGGCUGGAAGUCGGCUCUAGUAGAGGUCCCUGUGAUUGUUGGAAGCAAUAGCAUUGAUGCAGCGUUGCCUCAGCAAACUCUUUCUGCAAGCUCAGCUUCUGUGUCUCCAAGCAGAGGGACUGGCCUCAAUAUGGCUGAAACAUUGGCUCAGGGCCCUCCUUGUGCUCAUACACCUCCACAAUUAUCUAUUGCAACUCAAAGGCUUGAAGAGCUGGCUAUGAAGCAAUCUAGGCAAUUAAUUCCCAUGACGCCUUCCCUGCAGAAACCCCUGGUUCCUAGUCCUUCGGAGAAAUCAAAACCAAAGAUUGGGCAGCAGCAGCAUACGUUCUCAUCUCCACACCCUGUUAAUUACACUUCACGUGGAGUUUCUACAAAAUUUGAUAUUACAAAGGUAUCUGUGGGCAAUCUUUGUGUCCUCAAUCCAUCACGAGAAUUGAAUGGUUUCUCUUCAACUGCUAAGGAUAGCUUGAGUCCUACUAAUGGAAGUAGAGUGGUUAAUAGCCCACCUGGUGUUGCUCCAUCAGCUGCUGUGUCUGGUCCCUUGAGGAACUUAAGCAACAAUUUAAGCCCUACCAGUGCUGACUGCAGGCUAACUGCUUUCCGGACAACUGUGGAGAAGAAACCAUCAUCUCAAGCCCAGAGCCGGAAUGAUUUCUUCAAAAAGCUUUCAAGAAAAAACUCUUCGACAAACCCCCCUUCUGCUGUUCCUGAUACUGGCCCAGCAGUUUCUGUCUUAGAGAAUUCUGAUAAAUUGGUCAUAGAAACUGCCACUCCCACCUCUGUUAAACUUCAGAGUAGAGAUGUCCUUUCAUUAGAUAACUCUGUUGCAGGCUUGUUGUCUGCGAGUAGGGUUGAGAUGGGCUGCAAUGGCUAUCCACGUGAAGUGUCUCAGAAAUGUUUAAGCAACGGAGAAGUGCAUUCAAGCCCUCAUGUGAUUCUUUAUCCAGAUGAGGAAGAGGCUGCAUUUUUACGAUCACUUGGGUGGGAGGAAAAUGCUGGAGAGGAUGAAGGCCUUACAGAGGAGGAGAUCAGCGCUUUCUACAUGGAGUACAUGAAAUUGCAGCCGUCAUCAAAACUUCUGCAGGGAAUGCAGCCAAAGAGUUCACUGGCAGUUAAGUCACAAGAUGGCAGUAGUGGUGGUUAGCUAAGAAUAUUGAUUUGGAAAAUGUCUGAGCAAGUCUAGGAAGUCUGGAUAUGAUUGUGAAGUUGGUUUACUUUCAUUUUUCUUUUGGUUUUGAUUGAUAUUGAGAGAGUAUCUGAGCCCAGCGGUUGUUAAAUAGGAGAAAGAUCAUGGGAUGUGCCCUGUUGCUGUUUGCUGGAAGUUAUGUGGAAUGAGCUGCAAAUGGUCCAUUCUCGAGGAAAACUAGUGUAUGUGGUCUGCCUGCUUUUAACUUUGGAUUUUUUUUGAGUUUGAAGGUUGAUAGAAGCCCGUGACUCAAUGGGUCCAUUCUGAGAGGGGUGCGAGGCAUGGGUCUUGGGUUUACCUGACAGGAGUGGGUACACGAAGUGACCUUACCUUAGAGGGUAUCCUGGUCAUAAAAAGAAAAAAAAGAGAGAUAGGAAUAGGUUUUGAUAUUGAUCUGAUUCAAUGUAAGAGGCUGCUGAGGGAAAUAGUAUGAGAAAUUAGGUUUUUCCUUGUAGGUGUUGUGUCGGGGCUCAGUUCAAUAAAUAGCUUAUGAUUUCAAAAAGAAAAAGAAGCAAGAAUCAGUUCAUUUUGGGAAUUUUUUUCUUUUCUUCAUUUAAUGCUAUAAAUGCUAUGUUUAUAUAUGUGAGGAAUAAUGUCAGUAUUCUCAUAGGGAGAAAAGCCCUAGUGAGAUGCCAUCACCUUGUGCUUUAUAUGUUUAUGCGACUCGACCUUGCUGUAUUUAAAAUGCAUUGUGGAUGGUUUUUAUGGAGUGGCAGAUAUUUCAGGCAGUGUGAAAAGUUGUAA